AGAGGUCCAUCAGCUUUAACAGAAGCAGGAUGAAGAGAGGAGCCCAGGGGGGUCUAUGUAAUGCUGGACUGGAGCUGGAGGACAUGACAGGAAGAACCGUCCAGGAAUCAGGGUGUCCACAGGGAUCCAGGUCCUCUGUGUCAGCAGCAGCUUGGUGGGUGUCUUAUUACAGAGGUCGCUGGAGGCAGAAAAGAAGAAAGCUUGCAGGAUUUCAGGUGGAGGUCAAAUACUGUGGUCUAGCUGAGGAUGAUGAAGAUGACAAAGAGCAGAGGGACCAAAUAGACAACAUCAACAAAAACCAACAACUCAACAAAAAACUGCUCGAUCACUUCAGACAUCUGGCUGCAACCAACCAGGACACUGACCAGGUGGACCUUCAGCUUCUGGACCGGGCGCUCUCAGACGGAGCUGAUCCGAACGCCUUAGACAGAUAUGGACAGACCGUCCUGCACGAGAUCUCCAGAGCGUGGAGCGUGGAUGUGAUGCGGUUCUUCCUAGACCGGGGCUCAGACCUCCUGCGGCCGGAUCAGUUUGGAGUCACUGCGCUGCAUGUGGCCUCGGCGCUGGACUAUCAGGACAUGGUGCAGUUCCUGCUGGACCGAAAAGCUGAUCCGGAGGCUCGCACCUUUCUGGACAAGCAGACCCCGCUUCACUACGCUGCGAAGAAUGAUGCCGUCGGUUCGAUCAGGCUUCUGCUGCAGGCCGGAGCCUCCAUCGGCUGCACCGACUACAAACGCAGGACGCCACUGCAGCUCGCCGCUAACGCAGAGCGUAGUGAUGCAGCUCGUGUGCUGUUGGAGCUCGGGGCGGAGGCGGGGCUGAAGGACUCUGAUGGACAGUUCUGUAUAACAGCUCUGAUUGGCCGGAUGAGCCCAGUGGCUCAGCUGGCUCUCAGUCAGUUCCAUGUAUUCGACCGAAUGACCAGGCAGCACUACUACUACCUGAACCUGCUGGAACCAGAACUACACUCACCUGAGGACCAGCUGUCAGGUGUGUGGGUCGGUGAGCCAAUGUCUCCGCUGCAGAUGGUGAUUCAGGAGGAGAAACUUGAUCUCAUCAUGAAUCCCGUCUUCCUCAAACUGAUCCACGUCAAAUGGAAUCUCUACGGCAGGUUUGGGGCAUGGCUUCUCCUUCUCCUUAACUUCCUGUUUAAUGUUUCCUGGACGACUGUCGCUAUCUCAGUGUCUGUCCACCGAGACUCACCUGAUCGUUAUGUCCUCCCCGAGGACUGGUGGCGUGUCCUCUUUGUGGUCUUGGCGCUCCUGUUGACCCUACAGGAAGUGCUAAGGGAUGUGCGGGACAUCCUGCGCUCAAGGAAAAAGCUCCACCUCUGGCAGCAGUUGGCGAAGCAUCGUCUCCAGAGUGACCUGAGCUGCUCACAUCCCAUGUGGCCACAGGAGAGAGAGUUUCUACUAAACCAGUUCAAACUGGUUGACAGGAAGAGAGGAAGCUACUGCCGGGACCUGUGGAAUGUCUUUGAUUGGCUGGUGUACUUUCUGCUGACUGCAUCGUUCAGCGUCCAUGUGGCCGAUGUGAUUGGACCGUCCACCCUUCUUAACACCAUCAGUUUGCGUAUGUUCUCCAUCACCAUUGUCUUCCUGUGGUUGCGACUCAUGAAACACGUCAGAGGCUUCAGGCUGAUGGGGCCGUUCAUCGUCAUGUUGGGGAAGAUUGUUGGGGAUGUGAUGCGUUUCCUGUUCCUCUACGCGGAGAUCUUCAUCCCGUAUGCCUGCAGCUUCUGGAUCAUGUUCGGAGGGAUGGCUUCGGUUCCCAGCAUGCAGUCUGUCCUGGGCCUGCUGUACAGUCUGUAUCGGAUCACUCUGGUGGACGAGUACGAGUACGCUGCCAUGGUGGCUGUGGAUGAUGUCAUGGCUCCUGUGCUGUGUGGGACGUUUCUGGCAGCGUCUUCAAUCCUGUGUGUUAACCUGCUGAUUGCCCUGCUGACUGAUACCUUCCAGAGGGUUCACGAUAACUCACAGGCCGUUGCUAUGAUGCAGCAGGCCGCUGUCAUCCUGCACGUGGAGGAAUCCAUGCCCCUCAUGCGUCAUUUCUACGACAACCAGUACAUUUCCAGCCACUGCUCGCCAUUGGUCGAACCCUCUGAUGAUGGCAACACAACAAACUUGCAUUACCAUGAUGAGAUGGGACGAAUUACAGUGCAGAUCAAAGAGGUUCUAGACCAGUUCUUGGUCCUGCAGCGGGAGGCGGAGACCACAGGAGGUCCACGAGUCCAGAUGGACCAGGACCAGCAGAACCAGCAGGAGACCCAGAGGAAUAAGUGCCAGCAGAGCCAGGGUCUUCAAGAGGACCAUGAUAAACAGAACCAGGACAACAAAGACAAAUGUAGCCAAAUCCUACAGAAGCAGAACCAGGAGCUUCAGGCCUUGCGAGCAGAGCUGAAGGAGCUCCAGACUCUGGUCUUGCAGCUGGUUAAAACCAAGACCAACUCUGUAUAAGAGCUGUGGGUUCGACUGGGAGGAAUGUCAGAACCAUUGUUUCAUGUCUCUGUUUCUCCAGAAUCUCCUCUGGUCCAGGACUUCCUGUUUAAUUGUUAUUUACAAACUCUCAUAAAUGAAAAUACCAGUAAGGAGUUUGCUAAAGGUUCAGUGUCAUUCAUCUUUAGCUGCACACUGAGGUUUAACUGUUCACCAGCAUCCAACUCUAAAGCCCCGCCAUUUGGCAGCCAUCUUGGAAUGAAUGUGGACUGUUAUUUAAAAAUAAAGUCCCCCCCCAAAAAAUGACAUCACAGCUUCAUUAAUGGUUCAGUCCAGAGACAUUAGCUGUGUCCCAAUUCAGAGGCCCCAUCCUCCUGAGGACCCGGCCUUCUCGGUCUACGUGGGCCGGGUCCUCCGAAGGCCGAGAAGGCCGGAAGUGCGAGGCUGUGAAAUGUGACGGUCUGGCCUUCAGAUCUGCGUCGCCGCUGUCUCUGUGGAGUUUAAUAAACUCGGCCGUCUGCUCUUUGCUGUCUAAAAUCUAACAGGACACUGGAGGAAACUCUCGACCGUCUCACACUUCUGUUUAAUCAGUUUUCUGUUUGACGUUUAUUCAGCUGUGUGAAAACUAGAACUUUAAUCUCAGCCAAACAGAUUUAUUCAGAAACAAAACACUGAAAGAAGCCAAACAAUAACAUUUUUAAACCUCUGGGCUUGUUCAAAAUCACGACCCUUUCAGCUUGUUCGUGGCCAAAAGUGGCCACCAACAGAUCUGUAAUUUUUAUUAUUUUUAUGUUUUUUUGCCAUUUUUAGACAGACCGAUGUAGACAGUACAUCCGGGCCUGCGUGCACUGGUCUCCUUGAUCCACCGUCAGCAUCGGAAGGGAAUAAGCGUCGAAGGCGUUUGGAAAGGGAGGGGGGAUGAGUGUGUGCAUAUCAGUGUAAGUGUAUGUGUGUGUCCAGAGUUCAGCUGAGACAGUGUCCUUCACCCUGCAAGGCUAAGUAAAUGGCAUGGUAAAUGGUAAAUGGCCUGCAUUUGUAUAGCGCUUUACUCAGUCCCUAAGGACCCCAAAGCGCUUUACUCUACAUUCAGUCAUUCACCCA